AGAGUCGAUAUAUUCACUAUAUAGUCAAUUGCAUCUGUGGGGCAAAGGAGUGUGCGUGUGCGCGUGUAUGCGAGGUGGCGGUGACGGCGACGGUGGUGGCGGCUUUGGUGGCGGGUGGCGGGUGGUGGUGGCGGUGUACGGGUGUUCGCUUGUCUCGAUUCUAUUCGACUAGUACACAUAUUCCUCGCAAGUGUCACGUCGCGGUCGAGAGAAAAUUCACGUUUGUAAACGACGAUCGUUCAUCGAGGAUCGUCUUCGUCGUCCUUCCUUUCGGUUAUCCACAUUUACGUAGCAUAUAUAUAUAUAUAUAUAUAUAUAUAUAUACAUAUAUAUACUUACAUACAUCAUACAUACAUACAUACACAUUUUAACAUAUAUACGUAUACGUAUAUAUAUAUAUAUACAUAUAUAUAUAUAUAUAUAUAUAUAUAUAAUGUUAGUGUAUUUCCUUUCUCAUCCUAUUUACGACGAUCGUCGGAGAACAGGUUGGAGAUGGAUUUGGCUUUAAAAUGAAAUGCGCGAUCGAGGAUGCGAAAGGGAGCAGGCGUGGACUGUUCGUCGUCUGAGGUCAGGCGUGGGGAUGAACUCUACGGGGACUGCGAGAGGGAGGAGGUCUGGGGCGCUUCCUGUGCUUGGCACUAGCCUAAAAAAGCUCCACAAACAGAAUCGCGACCGAAUGUCUUUUCAAUGCAACGAAAAUGGUGAAGUGUGGGAAAAAGUGGGCAUUGAGUAAAGGCUUCGACUGCUCGAAUCAUGACAGAGUCGUCAGAGGAUGGUAACUACUUAGUGAGGGUUCGUGCCCAAGUAAUGACAAGAGAUGACAGUUCUGGUGGAUGGGUUCCUCUGAGCGGUGGUGGCUUAGCUAAUGUUUCAGUCAGACGUAGAGCAACCUCAGUAGGUGGACAUCAAUCUAAUAACACGAAUGGUACAAGCAUCUCUACUUCGAAUGUUACCACUACAACUUCGACCACCAAUUCUCUUUCGAGUACAACUGUCAAUGCACAAGGUCAUGGAUCUAGUACUUCUCCACCUAGUGCGACAAAAAGAAAACACGAAUAUCUUAUCUAUGGGAAACGUAUCACUGAUCAAUCGGUUGUUCUUAGUUGUACUAUUAAAAAAGAUUUUGAAUAUAAUAAGGUAAUGCCAACUUUUCACCAUUGGCGGACAGGAGAGAAAAAAUUUGGAUUAACAUUUCAAACAGCAGCAGAUGCAAGAGCAUUUGAUAAAGGUGUACGUACUGCGGUGGAAGAAUUAUUGGAAGCAGAUGGCGGCGAUGAAGAUGUUUUUAUGACCUUAAAUCUACCUGUGGAUCCUCUAGAUCCACGUCCAUCUUCGGAUACGUCUCGUGGAGUAGUUCGUGUACCUAAUUACCAUUCUCAGUGUUCAGAUCUUCUUGAUUCAUACAAACCUAUUCAUUACAUUGGUGGAUCUACCAACAAAGUACCACUAUCUCAACAUCCUUUAACAUCAACUGCAGAUAUUGGAUCUGAUAAUUCCUAUGUGCAUCUCACAACAGUUAAUCAUGAAUAUUUAUAUCCCAUCGUCGAUGAUCAUAAAAGUGAUAGAUUAGACAGGCACAAUACUGCAAGUUCUUUGAAAAAACCCGACAUUAUAGUGUCUCAACCUUCAAAAAAUACUAUUAAACGUAAUCUUCGGUUACGAUGUAAACAUUGCCAAGAAUUAUAUUCUGAGCAGCACAAUCCUAGGGGAUCUUGCGAGUAUGCACCUGAUCCUAUUAGACGUGGAAUAGCAACAAUUUCUUGUUUAUCAUGUGCUCAGUGUAUGCUGUAUCAUUGCAUGAGCGAUGCUGAAGGUGACUUUGCCCAAAAUCCUUGUAGCUGUAGUACAGAAGAAGGAUGUGGACGAAGAUGGAUUGGUUUAGCACUAUUAUCACUGAUCGUUCCUUGUUUAUGGAUUUACCCCCCACUCAGAGCUGUUCAUUGGUGUGGAAUGUCGUGCGGAAUGUGUGGAGGUCGUCAUCAUCCUACGGAAUAACUGGAGGAUCCCUUUGAUACCUCUGCUCCAUACUCAGUUGAGUCAACCAAGUUUUCAUCAUCGCGUAGUGCAGUCGCUAAUGUGUAUGAAUGUCAUGAUCUGAGUAUGGGACGUUGUCAGAGGUAUCAAAGGGGCAGACAGCUUCCAGUACACGCACUGAUUCACCAACAUCAUCUGUGAAAAUCUAACUGAUAAAGAAAAUGAUACGAGCACAAGAUGUUGCAUUUAGCCUUCACACUGUGUAUAUUCCGUACAUUUUGUAUACUUUAUUAGCAGUAUGAAUUGUUUAGUCACAACUGUAUAUUAAACGAUUGAAAGAUGGAAGUAAGAUAGUAUUUACACUUCCACCAAUUGGUCUUUGGAUAGCAGCAAUUGGACUGAGCAACUAUGCGUUGUACAUUAUGAGAGUGUAAAUUAUGAGAAGUGUAAAUUAUGAGAAGUGUAAAUUAUGAGAGUGCAGCUGUGAAAUGACUCAAAAACUUUUUAUUCCCAGUUUGAAAUAUUCUCUGCCUCAUGUAAUGUGUGUAUAGAAGCACAAUGUCCACACUGGAAUCGAGCAUUGCUGCGAUUGUCAGAAUGAAAGUGUAAGAAUGUGUUCUAUUCAUAAGUUCUGAUUAUACUAAACAAGUUGAAGCCAGUAUUUGCUAAUUUUCUAGCCCUUAUUAGCGUGUAAUAAAGUGGGGAAACAAGAGUAAAUCGAAAAUGUAAAGUUAAUUGAGAUAAGGUAAAAUUGGUCUGAAUUUAUCGUUUAUUAGCCGUUGAAAAUUAUCUCGUUAAAAUAUAUGAUGGAAAGCAUUGCAAUAUUUGCAUAUAUCCUAUGUUGCUGCUACAGUCACUUAAAUAAUUGAUUUCCUAAAAAAUAAAAAAAAUUAUUGUCAAGG